AUGCCCCUGAGUAGCACACCUUGCAGGAAUGCAGGGGGCAGGCAGCUUACCAAAGGGGGGGCUCCACCAGGAAGACUGUAUUAUGAACGGGCUAAGGAGUGUUUUGAGAAGGUUUUGCAAAAGAAACCCACCAAUCCAGAAUUCUCCCUGGAACUGGCCAUCACACUCUACCGUCUGGGUGACAAAGCACCAACAGAGAACACCAUUUGCCUGCUGAGGCGGGCCAUCCGACUGAAUCCUGACAACCAGUAUAUUCACGUUCUCCUGGCUCUGACUCUCCAAAAGACCCAGAAACAAGCUGAAGGAGAUAAGCUAGUCGAAGAGGCCUUGAAGAAAAUGCUGUGCCCAACGGACGUCCUCUGCAGCGUGGCCAAAUAUUACCGAAAUAAAGGUACUCUGGACACGGCUAUCGAAUUACUUAAAAUGGCUUUAGAAUCGGUACCGAACAACGUCUAUCAACAUCUGCAGAUCGGAUGCUGCUACAGAGCAAAAAUCCGGCAAAUACAGAGGUCAAGGAGGUACGCCACGAAGGAGAAUGAAGAAGAGCUGCAGGAGAUGACGAGACACGUGGUGGAUCACUUUAAGAGAGUUGUCGAGUUGAAAAUUAACCUUCCCCACGCCUGCUCCGACCUUGCCUGCCUCUAUGCCAUCAUGGGCCAGUAUGAUAAGGUGGAGUAUUACUUCCAGAAAGAAUUCAGUAAGGAUCUGCCUCCAGCAGAGAGACAAGUCCUCCACCUGCGCUACGGAAACUUCCAGCAGUACCAGCAGCUGUGUGACGACACCGCCAUCCAUCACUACCUGCAGGGCUUGAACAUCAAUGGGACAGUGACCGAGAAGGAAAAGCUGAUCGUCAACCUAAGAAAAAUUGCCCACAAGCGACUCUCUGAAAACGCCUUCGAUGCUGUGGGUUGGCAGCUCUCCAGGUUCAUGCACGAGCUGAAUAGAAAGGGGCACCCGUGGGACAGUCCACCCCCAGAGGCCGCCCUGCGGGCUGAGAAGGGCAGUGAGGAAAUGACGGAGGGCGCAGGUGGGGCGGAAGGCCCUAGAGAGAGCCUGUAA